ACAAACCCUAAACCCUAAACCCUACACCUUCGCUUUCUCUCAUCUCAUCUCAACUCCGGCAGCUGACGCCUUCAGACAACUUCUUUAGUGUCCCUCUGGUUUUCUUCCCAUGGCGUUAACGUAUCUUCUAUAUGAAUCUGCUUCUGGUUAUGCUCUCUUUCAUGCCCAUGGCCUCGACGAAAUUGGCCAGAACACUGAAGCUGUUCGGAGCUCCGUCUCCGACCUCAACCGCUUCGGCAAGGUCGUCAAACUUGCCGCAUUCCACCCCUUUGAGUCCGCUCUCGAUGCGCUUAAGCAAUGCAACUCGGUCUCCGAAGGGCUUAUGACUGAUGAGUUGAGGAGUUUUCUGGAAAUUAAUCUUCCGAAAGUCAAGGAAGCUAAGAAGGCCAAGUUCGUUUUGGGACUAGCUGAACCCAAAAUUGGGUCGAACAUAUUUGAAGAAACUAAAAUCCCAUGUCAAAGUAAUGAGUUUGUUUUGGAGCUGCUUCGGGGUGUGCGUCUACACUUCGACAAAUUCAUAAAGGACCUCAAGUCAUCAGAUUUGGAGAAGGCCCAGCUUGGUCUCGGACACAGUUACAGUCGAGCAAAGGUCAAGUUCAAUGUUAACCGUGUUGAUAACAUGGUGAUUCAAGCAAUCUUCCUUCUUGACACUCUAGACAAGGACAUUAAUUCCUUCUCCAUGAGAGUCAGAGAGUGGUAUUCAUGGCAUUUCCCUGAGUUGGUGAAGAUUGUGAGUGACAAUUAUCUUUAUGCCAAAGUUUCUAAAUUUAUCGAGGACAAAUCGAAGUUGGCAGAAGAUAAAAUCCCUGGUUUGAUUGACAUUAUUGGUGAUGAAGAUAAAGCAAAGGAGAUUGUUGAAGCAGCCAAAGCCUCCAUGGGCCAAGAUUUGUCUCCAAUUGACUUGAUCAAUGUUCAGCAAUUUGCACAGAGGGUGAUGGAUCUAUCUGAAUACAGGAAGAAGCUUUUUGAUUACCUAGUUUCCAAAAUGAAUGAUAUUGCUCCCAAUUUGGCCUCUUUGAUUGGUGAAGUUGUUGGGGCCCGUUUGAUUUCUCAUGCCGGUAGUCUCACGAAUUUGGCCAAGUGCCCUUCUUCCACCCUUCAGAUUCUUGGUGCAGAGAAAGCACUCUUCAGGGCUUUGAAAACAAAGGGAAACACCCCUAAAUAUGGACUGAUCUUCCAUUCUUCUUUCAUUGGGCGAGCGUCUGCACGGAACAAAGGCCGAAUGGCUCGUUAUCUUGCUAACAAAUGUUCAAUUGCAUCGCGGAUUGAUUGCUUUGCAGAGAAGAGUACCACAACCUUUGGGGAAAAACUUCGUGAGCAAGUUGAAGAGCGCCUGGACUUUUAUGACAAGGGAAUCGCACCUCGUAAAAACAUAGAUGUUAUGAAGGAUGCAAUUGAAAGUGCAGAUAACAAAGCAACUGAUAUGGAUAUAGAAGAAGUGCCAAGUGAAGGCUCAGGGAAAAAGAACAAGAAAAAGAAAUCGAAAGGCAAUGCGAACGGUGAGGUAGCGGGUGAAAACGGUGAUGUCGGGGUGGAUGUGAAAUCGGAAAAGAAGGAGAAGCGAAAGUUGGAUAGGAAAACAGAGGAGGAGGGUUCAGAAGACAUAAAUGGAGUAAAGGGAGAGGAAGAAGCAGGGAAGAAGAAGAAGAAAAAGAAGAGCAAGGAGGAAAAGGUGGUGGUGGUGGAUCAUGUAGAAGAUGGUAAGAAGAAAAAGAAGAAAAAGUUGAAAAGGGAAGAAGAUGAUAAUGAUGAUGAUGAUGAUGAUGAAUAGGUUCUUAUGAAAUGUGGCUGUGGCUCUUUUUGAUGUUCGAUCCACAGUUUGGUUUGGUCCUUAUGAAUGGAUGAAAUUGUAUUGUUCUCUUAAAUUUGUUUGAUUGAUUGAGCUGUUGUUUAUCUUUAGUAUAAAAGAUUAUCUUACAAGAUGAGUUCCCUUUAUUUC